GCCCAGCCGCCUUCAAACAAAAGAGUUUCCCCCCGCGGGGCCGCGCUCCGCUCCGCGCCCCCCGCACCCCCCGCACCCCCCGGCGGCGGCGGCCGGGGGCGGGGGCGUCGGCGGGGGGACCGCGGUGGAGGCGGCGGGCGCGGGGCUCGGGUUACACGGGAAAGGGGCUUGGCCAGGCGGGGGGCGGGGGGCGGAGGGUCCUUUUCUCUCUCUCGUUCUCUCUCUCUGCCUUUUUUUUUCCCUUCUCCCUCCCGAGCUCUUUGUGUCCCCCCCCCUCCCCUCCUCUCGCCCCCCCCCCCCCCCCCAGCCCCCAGCCCCCUCCCAAGCCUUUGUUAGCCAUGCCUAGCCUGGUAGUCCCAGGGAUAAUGGAAAGGAACGGGGGUUUCGGCGAUUUAGGCUGUUUCGGUGGGAGCGGCAAAGACAGAGCGCUGCUUGAGGAUGACCGGGCGCUGCAGCUCGCCCUGGACCAGCUCUGCCUGCUGGGGCUAGGCGAGCCUUCCUCCUCCUCCUCCUCCUCGGCCGUGGUGCUGGUGGAGGACAGCAACAACAACAACAAUAACCCGCCGCCGCCGCCGCCGCAGCAGCCCCCGCCGCCGCCGCCGCCGCCGCAGCAGCCGCCGCCGCCGCCGCCGCCGCCGCCCCCGGCGGCCCCGAAGGGCUCGGCGGCGCCCAGCGCCGGGGCGGCGGAGCCCAAGUUGUGCGCGCUCUACAAGGAGGCCGAGCUGCGGCUCAAGAGCAGCUCCAACACCACCGAGUGCGUCCCGGUGCCCAGCUCCGAGCACGUGGCCGAGAUCGUGGGACGGCAAGGCUGCAAGAUCAAAGCCCUGCGGGCAAAGACCAACACCUACAUCAAGACCCCGGUGCGGGGCGAGGAGCCGGUCUUCAUGGUGACGGGGCGGCGGGAGGACGUGGCCAUGGCCCGGCGGGAGAUCAUCUCGGCGGCCGAGCACUUCUCCAUGAUCAGGGCCUCCCGCAACAAGGCGGGCACCACCUUCGGCAGCGCGCCCACCCUGCCGGGGCAGGUCACCAUCCGCGUGCGCGUGCCCUACCGCGUGGUGGGGCUGGUGGUGGGCCCCAAGGGAGCCACCAUCAAGCGGAUCCAGCAGCAGACCAACACCUACAUCAUCACGCCCAGCCGAGACCGGGACCCCGUCUUUGAGAUCACCGGCGCGCCGGGCAACGUGGAGCGCGCCCGCGAGGAGAUCGAGACGCACAUCGCCGUGAGGACGGGCAAGAUUCUGGAGUACAACAACGAGAACGACUUCCUCUCCAGCAGCCCCGACUCUGGCAUGGAGAACCGCUACUCAGAGGCUUGGCGGGUCCACACGCCCGCGCCGGGCUGCAAGCCCCUCUCCACCUUCCGCCAGAACAGCCUGGGCUGCAUCGGCGACUGCUCUGUUGACCCCGUCUAUGAGACCCCCCGGCUGAACGACCAAAACGACUUCAAUUACGGUUACCUCUUCCCCAACUACGGUGUGAACAAGCAGGAUUUGUACUACGGGGUGCCGGAGUCAGGAGCCCCGAUGUGGGCUGGGCAGGAGAACACCAACCCUGUCUCGGUGCUCUUCUCGAAGCAGCAGCGCUCCAGCAGCACCGGCGCCAUCCACCCCAACUCGCACCGCUCGCCGUCCUCCUCCAUCCCGGAGCCCAGCCUGUCCGGGCUGCCGCGGCGCUCGCAGGGGGAGCCUCUGCAGGGCUUUUCCAAGCUGGGAACGCCCGCCGCUGCCCGGACGUCGGUGGGCAGCAGCCGCGAGUGCAUGGUGUGCUUCGAGAGCGAGGUGACGGCCGCGCUGGUGCCCUGCGGCCACAACCUGUUCUGCAUGGAGUGCGCCGUGAGGAUCUGCGAGAGGACUGAUCCCGAGUGCCCCGUCUGCCACGCGGCAGCCACUCAGGCCAUUAGAAUAUUUUCCUAAAGAGACAGAGCAGGGCGUUUUGGGGGGGGGUGGGGGUAGGAAGGGAGAGUGGGGGGGGUCCGUGAGAGAAAAAUGAUGAUGAUAAUAAUAAUAAUAAUGAUAAUAAUAAUAAUAAUAAUGACAUCUGAAGAACAAAAAAAAAAAAGAAUGAAAGAAUAAAUUAAUUUAAAGAAGAAGAAGAAGAAGAAAAAGAAGAAAAGAAAAGAAAUUAUUUUACAAGCAAUGUAUGUUAUUUUUUAAAAAAAAUAAUAAGUGAAUAAUAAAAUUAAAAUGAAUAGCAAAGCCAGAAAUUUUGAAGGGCGAACAAUGCUCCAGCCUGCAAUGUCUUUUGUAAACCAAGUACUCAGAACGCACACUCGGAUCUCGCAAGCAAAGCAGUUUAGUUCAGUUUAUUUUGGUGGUGAGAUUGGGACUUCUUGGCGAUGACCAAGCCAGGACACCUGGAUCGAGCGGGGAGGGAGCAGGGAUGCAGGGAGGGCCCUGCCAGCCUUUCUCCAGCCACCUUCAACCUUUGUCUUGGCCUGAAGCCCCCACUCUCCUCCCCCCAGGGUUGUCGGCCCAACUGGGAGCUCAGAAAGAAACAACAGAAAGAAAGGAAAACGGAUGACAGGGAUUUAGAAGAACAAGAAAGAAACCAUCAACCUCUGGGAACCUGUUAGAACGAGGGCACAACUGUAUUACCUCAAAGAUUUAAACAAAAAAAAAAAAAUCACAGCUAAAGAACUUUUAUUGUUUUCCUUUUUUUCUAAAAAAAACCCAAACAAAAAACACAAAAAAAAGAAAAUCAAAAAAAGAAGGUGAAGAAAUAAAAACGACGCCAGUGAAACUGAAGAAGGUUUGGAAGAACCUACUGGGAUCACACCAGGCGACGAGCAUUUAUUUUGUUAUUCUGAGCCACCGUGGAGUCUGGAACUUUGUUCUUUUUUCCUUAUCCAAGCAGGGAUUUGUUCAUCAGUCCAAUCAGGAGUCACUAACAGGGUAUUUCCAAAGCAUUCCCGAGUUCCCGUCCAUGGGGGGAGUGCAGCGACUUCCACGUUUCCUUAGGUCACUCUUCAUUCUUUCCUCCAAGUGAUGCCAGCUGCAGCUACACACACCACACGCGCACACACACACAGAACAUUGUGCUUUUCUUUUCUUAAAAAACAUACCUAUUGCACCAAAACCUAAGAGAGACGAUCAUGCAAUACAGGCAAAUGAGCCCAUAUGAAACCAACAUGCAUCCCAACAGAGAGCAAAAAAAAAAACCCCCGAGUUUAUA